GAGAAGUUGGACAGUCUCGAGUCACAGCACAUCCUGGCUACAAAAGAAGUUGAGCAGCUACGCAGAGAGUUGGUGGAAACGCUACCUUCCUCGGCGGCGGCUAAGUCACAGCUCAACACGGACACGGACGAACCCACGGACAACCCCGACGAGCAGGCCCUGCUUGAGCAGUCCUUCGCGUCGGACGGUUUCAAGCUAUACAAACAGGCGUUGGAGAGGAAGGAGGCCAAGAAAGUGGCCCCCCAGAGUCCUUUCGACGCUGACGGUGAUGCGCGCAUGGCAGGAGACAGUGAGUUUGCUGGUCCCAUGGGCGCCAGAGUGUUCAGAGGUCACGGGGCAGGUGGUCCAGAGGCCGACGGACAAGAGCGUGAUCGUGGAGCAGGUGGCCCAGAUCAACGUCAGGACGAUCGUUGA